AUGCCUCUGCUGCUCCCUCUUCUUCUAAGUCUUCUUGCCGUUCUGAUUGGAGGUCUGUACCUCCUCGGGGUGUUCAGACGGCGGCGUCCAGGAGAACCCCCUUUGGAUAGAGGACCCAUCCCCUGGCUGGGUCAUGCCUUCGAGUUUCGCAGGCACCCGGUGAAGUUCCUCGAAAGGAUGAAGCGGAAGCAUGGCGAGGUUUUCACGGUACAAGUGGCGGGCAUGUACAUCACGUUCCUCCUGGAUUCUCUGUCAUUCGGGGCGUUUAUUAAGGAGAGUCCGGAAAAACUGAACUUAAGCAAGUUUUCGGUGAAGGUGGCAAAGUGGAUCUUCGGUAUUGAAGCCUUGGGGGAUGAGAAUCAGUCGAGAGAGGUCCACAAACACCUGAGGGGGGCUGGGUUGGAGGCGUUGACUCACAACAUGAUGUCAAACUGGCAAAAUGUGAUAUUGCAGAACAUCCGUUCCUCUUCAGGCAAAAAGACGUGGACAGAAGACGACCUGUGUUUAUUCAGCUACAAGAUGAUUUUCCAGACUGGCUACUUGUCUCUUUUUGGCAACGUGGCACAGAAGUCUCAGGGAAGUCUUGAGAAAGCCAAACAGAGAGACUUAGCUGAAUCAGAAGCUUUAUUUACAGAAUUCCAAAAAUUCAACCAAAUCUUUCCCAAACUGAUCUUGGGACUCAUGAACCCAAGAAUCAAUAAAGAGGCCAAGAGGCUGAAAGAGUUCUUCUGGGACACUCUGUCAAUUCAGAAGACUAAGACCAGGGAAAAUAUGAGCCGCUGGGUGUUGGACAUUCAGCAGCACAACCAGGAAAUGGGUAUGAAGGAGUCCAUGAUUAACCGGCAUAUGCUCAUCCUUCUCUUUGCCUCCCAAGCAAACACAGGACUUGCAGCGUUCUGGCUUCUCUUCUUCCUCAUGAAGCACCCUGAAGCGAUGGACGCCGUGAAGGAGGAGGUGAAUAAUGUUCUGAAGGAAUCCGGACAGGAAGUGGUACACGAUGGCCCCUUGAUCAAUGUCACUUAUGACAUGCUGAUGAAAACGCCGGUCCUUGAUAGUGCCCUGGAAGAGACCCUUCGACUCAUCGUAGUCUUGUUCCUCUUCAGGUCAGUGCUCCAGGAAAUGACUCUCAAAACGGCCGACGGUUGUGAGUACAAUAUCCGCAAGGGCGACAGCAUGGCGGCCUUUCCUUACCUCGCCAUCCACACCAACCCAGAGAUUCACCCCGACCCGCAAUCAUUCAAAUACGACCGCUUUCUGAAUCCAGACGGGAGCAAGAAAACUAAUUUCUUCAAAUCAGGGAAGAAGGUGAAGUACUUCAGCAUGCCCUGGGGUGCCGGGGUCAGCAAGUGUCCAGGGAGGUUCUUUGCAGUCAAUGAACUGAAACAGUUUCUUUUCCUCAUGUUGUCCUACUUUGAUUUGGAGCUGAUGAAUCCAAAAGAGGAGACGCCGGAUGCUGACGCCAAGCGGUUGGGCUUUGGAGUGAUUCAUCCCACAAGAGAGGUUCAGUUUAGGUACAGACUCAAAGUCUGAGUCCAUGUGAGAAAUGUUUCUAUGUGCUUGUAAAGUUAAUUUAUCCAACAAUGUCAUUAAUGUGAAGAUUCAUGAACAAAACAACUUCC